AGGGGCUUUACCGUUCUGGCCAACGGUGCACCGGUAUUCAGUAUUCCACUGUAUACGGUCUGCCUACAUCUAUAAAAGAAGGCCUGGUGUGAAUUACAAAUCGCAUUCAAAAUCAAGCAACGUCUCCAAAGAAAAGAUACAACAGAAAGAUCAUUUCAUAUUUGAUCAUCGAACGAAGGUAGUUGAACUCCACGCACAGCGCGACUAACGCUUCUCUUAGCCUUCUAUCACACCAAGCCACCCUUUUUUUAUUACAUACAGCAAGACUUCUUCCUUCUCAUAUAAUACUGUUUUUGUUACUUUUGAGCAUUGGAAAAUUGACGACGUUUUCUGUUGUUUUUGUUUUCUUUUCUGUUUUACGUGCCAUGAUAUCAACUGUUUAUCACUAUUCAAAUCCGUUGAAGUAAGCCCAUGGCUCUAUCUUCCUUCACUCUCCUUGACACAUAUUUUCUCCUUCUCUUUAACUGAUUUUCUUUCUUUUUUUCUCUCUCUCUUACAAGUGUUGUUUUUUUGGUAUGUUGGUUUCCGCAAGAGCGGCUACUACGGCUCUUGUGUAAAACGUAUCUUCUCCGUUGCUCUUUUCUUUUGGUUUCGUCAUAAUCACUUUCUUGUUGAGUUACUUUUGUUUUUCUGCUGAAAAACGGGGGCCGUUCCGCUCCGCAAAACGCUAAAAAAAAGAAAGAAAAACUCACUUGGUUUCCGAGUGCUACUUCUGUAUUCAACUUUUUGUUGUUGUUGGUUGUCCGUAUUAACUGUGAUGCACGCCACAAAGACGGUCGCGGCUCUCACAAGCUAUGCCGAAACGAUGCCUGAGGCUUCUUCCUUCUUCAAGUCAGCAAAGCCCAACACAGCACGUACCAUCUUCAAGCAACUGACGCCGGACAGCAUAACCGGCAGCACGAUGACCAGUGCGGCAAGCCAGGCCGCCAUCGCACGCACCAGCACUUCGAGAACGGAGACGUGGGAGGGAAAGAGCUCUAAGAGGUCACUGCCUUUGAGCGACUCGACUCUGGGCAACGUACGUGCACCGGCUGCACGCGAACGCACUGGUUCCUGCGCGUCGUCAGACAGUUGGCUGGAGAGCGCUUCAACGUCUUGCACGGACUACGUAGACGACGAGCCGCUACCGACUGACGUUACGCUAGAAUCGAUGCCCAAUACCUCUUUCACCGCGCACCUCCGUCAGCGUCUUGCGGUGUCCGCCGCCGGUAUCGACCACGACAACAUCAAAGAUGAGUCGGACAACGAGGCGACCGGGAUGGCGUCUCAGUCGACGAUGCCCAGCACGACGUACACGCUGCCCCGGAUACUUUUCUCGGCCACUACCUCCGCGCCACCCACGCUGCAGUCCGUCUCCUCGGCCUCCCUGUCCACGCCGUGGAGCUCGAAAACGCGCGCGUGGGUGCCGUCGCCGACUUCACGAAGCCUCAUCAAGCUCGUCUCUUCCUCGAGAUCCUCCACGGAGAGCAGCUGCGUCGGGCACCCGUGCGAGGCGCCCACUGACGACGACAACAAUCUCGACGCGCUCUCCAGUGAGUUGACGGAACUGCUGCACAAAGCCGACACCAUCUUGGCGAAGCUCGUGUGGCGUCAUCGCGAACUGCAGCCCGAGCAGCUGCGGUGCCUCACCCGCAUGCAUCUACUGAGCACCAACGCCACUUCCGCGCCAGAGCUGCGCCGCGAUAUGCUCACCUCGUCUAUGCUCUUCCCUUCCGUCAUCGGCACCAACACCCCAGAGCGCAGUGUGCGUCCGAUCGACUCUGCUUCUCCGUCUCUCCCACCUCGCCGCAUGCUGGUGAGCCAGCCGCGAAACGUCACGUAG